UGAUUGGCUCCGCAGGUGCGUAUAUAGGGGAGCACCCAAGUGCUGCGGCACUGCGCUUGUUCUUCACAACUACUACCAUAUCCAAUUAUUACCUGUAACAAAUGUCUCAACAAACGAAAGAUACCACAACUUCACCCAGUCACCGACAGGGACAGCAAGAGCAGCAAUUUAACAUCCUUCCUCACCCUGCUAAAUCUAAUGAGCCGGCAGACUUGGUCGGGCGGCCCAGGUGUGAUGCGGGUUUGACCAGCAAGCCCGAGUUUCACGCCUACCACGCUCGAGACCCACAUGUGCCUCACAAGGACAUCGUCAAUAGCCUCGAAGCCCCAUUGAGUCGUGAAGAACUUCAUAAAAGGGGAGAGGAGCUCAACAAGAAGUAGGAGUCGCACUUAGUGCUGUCCCAUACUCUACAAAGGUUCAAGGGUAGUAUUUGGCAGUACAUAUGGAUCGACGUACGCGAUACUAUUGUUCAACUGGAGCUUCCAGCCUACUGUAUAUCAUCUAUAUAUUAACGUUCGUAAAGGGUGAUCGCCCUUUGACCACAAACAAAA